CUAAACCAGAUAAAACGAGUAUUGAAUUCACUUCGGUUGCUCCCCUUGGUAUUGAAUUCAACAUUUCCUUAUUUGCAAACAAGUCAAACAUGGACUCCAGCAAAAAGCUUAUUUCAGUUGAAUUCGAGAUAUUUGGACUAGUGCAAGAUGUGUUCUUCCGAAAGUACACAAAAAAGACGGCUAAGCGGCUGGGGCUAGUUGGCUGGGUGAUCAAUGCGGAGUCUGGCACGGUACAGGGACUGGUGGAGGGGCCUGAGGAUAAGGUCGCAGAAAUCAAAAACUGGCUGGAAAAUGAAGGCAGCCCAGAGUCGAGGGUUGACAAGGCUGUGUUUACCAAUGAAAAAGAAAUAGAUAAAUUAUCAUUUGAAUCAUUCACUGUAAAUGACUAUGACUAAAGCACCAGUUUGCACCAUCUACUUAGUGUUGUUAGCAGCUGUGAAUGACAUCUCCGGUAUAAUGCAUUAGAGAAUCAUUAAGUCACGAAACUGUGCCAUAUGAUUUAGGAAUGUACAUGUAUUACAGAUUGGAAAGUGGUCAGCAAUUAACUAAUGAAACACGUUUAAUACUAGUAGUUAACAUGUUCCCUUCAUUGCCAUAAACUGCACAAUUAUUUUAACUAUUGACAGUGGUGCAAUAUUUCCAUAUAUAAGUGCAUGUAUUCAUCCUCCUGUUUCCUGAAGAUUAUAAAUAAAAGAUUUAUUGGAA